GGCCGGGCCGUGAGGCGAACGCUGGAGCCCGAGGGGCUUGUCAGCCCGCUGUGGUGGUUGGCGGUUUGUCUCUCUUUUCGCUGGUAGCACGGCGAGGUUUCGCUUAUUUUUGACUCAGGUUUUUGUUUUGUGUUUUUUUCCUAACUGUCAGGUAGGGAUUUUAGUGGAAGCUGUGGUCUGUCGGGAUGAGUUUUCUGCUGCCCAAACUGACCUGUAAGAGGGAAGUGGAUCAGGCAAUAAAAAGCGUGGCCGAGAAGGUUUUGGUUCUCCGGUUUGGAAGAGAUAACGAUGCUGUUUGUCUGCAGCUUGAUGAUAUUCUUGCAAAGACAGCUCAUGACCUAAGUAAAAUGGCAGUCAUUUACCUGGUGGAUGUGAACAAGGUUCCAGUGUACACCCAGUAUUUUGACAUCAGUUAUAUUCCAUCUACUGUAUUUUUCUUCAAUGGACAACACAUGAAGGUUGAUUAUGGGUCUCCAGAUCAUACCAAAUUUGUAGGAACCUUCAAAACAAAGCAAGACUUUAUAGAUCUCAUUGAAGUGAUUUACCGUGGAGCAAUGCGUGGAAAACUCAUUGUGAGAAGUCCUAUUGAUCCCAAUAACAUUCCUAAAUACGACCUUCUCUACCAAGGAAUUUAGUGGGUUGACCUGAGAUAAAGGAAUUACGGAAAUGGCCAAUGUUCUAGAUCCCUUUUUUUCUUCAAGCGUUUUUAGCCACCUCUGACACCAUGGGAGAGUUUGAACAUUUAUGUUCAAGGAUCAUAUUGGUCUCCUUCUGAAGACAGACAUUCUGUCACCUCAUAUUUCUCUCAUAAAUAAAGCUACGUGUUCACUCAUAGUAUUCACACAAGUGACUAUUCUUUGAGUUGCAUGCUGACCAGCACCUACAAAACAGGCAGGCUAUAUGCAUCCUCAACGAUGGCAUCUCCAGUGCAACUUUCUUAAGUGAACUAAGGUACCGUAUGGUCUAUUAAUUGUCUGUUUAGUACCAUUUUCAUUCAGAUGUAAACCCAGGAAAUGUAUCUUUAUUUAAAAAGCUAUGCUUGCUCUCAAGAACGUUAAACUGACUGUGCCUUUCCAAUGGAAUUUUACACUUUUACCCAUUA